AUGCUUUUUUCUAGAGGCCCUGGAAGCCCCACACCAUCCAUCUAAUUUCAUGGAGGUGGCAGCUUGGUGGUCGAAGGCUGGAUGCAGCCCCAACCAGAUUUCACCCGGCCUGGUAGUAUUCUGAGAGGCAGGACAUUUCUAGUUUGACUUCCUGUAGCUCUUCCGGGUCCGAGUGCCCGCUGCUGAGACCAUGGCUGCACAGGGGACAGAAGCCCUUGCAGACAGCUCAGUGACCCCAGAGGAACCAAUACAGCAGCCCAGCGUGGUGGACCGCGUGACCAACCUGCCGCUCAUCAGCUCCACCUGUGGCAUGGUGUCGGCGGCCUACGCGUCCACCAAGGAGAGUCACCCCCACGUCAGGACCGUGUGCGACGCGGCGGAGAAAGGCGUGAGGACCCUCACUGCGGCUGCCGUCAGCGGGGCGCAGCCCAUCCUGUCCCGGCUGGAGCCUCAGCUUGCAUCAGCCAGCCAGUACGCCCACAAGGGGCUGGACAAGCUGGAGGAGAACCUGCCCAUCCUGCAGCAGCCUACAGGAAAGGUCCUGGCAGACACCAAAGAGCUCGUGUCAACUAAGGUGUCAGAGGCCCGAGACAUGGUGUCCCACACGGUGUCGAGUGCCAAGGACUCUGUGGCCACCUGCGUGGCAGGCGCGGUGGACAUGACCCGUGGGGCUGUGCAGAGUGGCGUGGACGUGACCAAGUCAGCAGUAACCAGUGGCGUCCAGUCGGUCAUGGGGUCGCGCGUAGGACAGAUGGUGCUCAGUGGGGCAGAGACUGUGCUGGACAAGUCGGAAGCCUGGGCGGACAACCACCUGCCCAUGACAAAUGCUGAACUGGAGCGGCUCGCCACGUCCCUGGAGGGCUUUGAUGUGGCUUCAGUACAGCAGCAGCGACAGGAACAGAGCUACUUCGUGCGCCUCGGCUCACUCUCCGAGCGGCUGCGCCAGCACGCUUAUGAGCACUCCCUGGCGAAGCUGCGUAGCACCAAGGAGCAUGCGCAGGAAGCGUUGCAGCAGCUGGCACAUGCGCUCAGUCUGAUGGAAACCGUGAAGGGGGGAGUGGACCAGAAGCUUGUGGAGGGGCAGGAGAAGCUGCACCAGAUGUGGCUGAGCUGGAACCAGAAAGCGCAGAGCACAGAGGACCCAGCCAAGCCGGAGGUGGAGUCCCGGGCACUGGCCAUGUGCCGUGAGGUGGUGCAGCAGCUACAGAGCACCUGUGUGUCCCUGGGCACCAGCAUCCAGGGGCUGCCCGCGCACGUGAAGGACCAGGCCCAGCAGGCGCGCCGCCACGUCGAGGACCUGCAGGCCACCUUGGCUGGAGCCCGCUCCUUCCAGGACCUGUCCGCCAGCGUCCUUGCUCAGAGCCACCAGCGUGUGGCCCAGGCGCGUGAGGCCCUGGAGCGCAUGGUGGAGUCUGUGGCCCAGAACGUGCCCGUCACGUGGCUGGUGGGGCCCUUCACCCCGGGCAUCAGGGAGAACGCCGAGGGCAGGGAGAAGUAGGGAGGGCGUGGCCACGUCCCUCGGGGCGGCAGCGAGGCUGCUGCCCACUGCAAACUCCUCUCUUCUCCUUCCACCUUUCGUUUGUGUUAGAGGCUGCGGAGAUGGAGCCCUGCACCUUCGCACCGAGCUCCAGCCUGGGCCUUUUUAGUUUAUAUUGUAUGGCAGGGUCCCUCCCAGACUAGGACUUGCAAUCUGAGGACCCAGUCUCUGUGGAUGGCUGGUGUGAGGUGGACAGGAGGGCAGCCUCAUUCUGGGUCCACAGGGGCUGAGGUCUGGGAGGCCAUACUUGUUCCAGUAUCUGCUGUCAGUGUCACCUUAUUAAACUGUACCUGCAGCCUAGUC